CACGGCCAUUACCUACUUUAAAAAAAAAAAAAAAAUCCAUUUCCAGGCCUUAAUUUGGUCCCCCGAGACCAACCCUCUUGCGAAAGCAAGAAGCAAUGAAGGGCAACAGGAUUUUCUCAGCACUGUCGUCAAUCUUGAUCAGAAACAAUGCACGCUCAAAUUUUCAGGUCACAAGACAAUAUGGUUUAGUACCCAUGGUGAUAGAACACACAUCCAGAGGAGAAAGGGCCUAUGACAUAUUCUCAAGACUCCUCAAAGAAAGAAUAGUGUGCAUCAAUGGUGCCAUAGAUGAUGACACUGCAUCUCUAGUAGUAGCCCAAUUGCUAUUCCUAGAGUCAGAAAAUCCAGAGAAACCUAUCAGUCUGUACAUAAAUUCUCCUGGUGGGGUUGUGACUGCGGGGCUUGCAAUAUAUGAUACUAUGCAGUACAUAAAGAGCCCAGUGAGCACACUGUGUGUAGGGCAGGCUGCUUCAAUGGGGUCUCUGUUGUUGACAGCAGGGGCUAAGGGGGAGAGGAGGUCACUGCCCAAUGCCAGGGUCAUGAUUCACCAGCCCUCUGGUGGGGCAAGUGGCCAGGCUUCUGACAUUGCCAUCCAGGCUAAAGAAAUCCUUAAAACCAGAGAGAGGCUCAAUGGUUUGUAUGCCAAACAUACCGGCCAGGAGAUUGAUAGGAUUGAGAAGUGCAUGGAGAGGGACAUGUUUAUGUCUCCCGACGAGGCCAAGGAAUUUGGGCUUGUGGAUGAGGUUAUUGAACACAGGCCAAUUUCUCUUGUAACUGAUGCUGUGGAUACCAAGAAAAAAGAGAAGUCACCUAAAAGCAACAGCUAAGUUUUUUGCAUCUGGAUUUUUGUGUUUCUGAAGAGCAAAGAGAUUUUAUAAUUUGGAUUUAAUGAAGAAGCUGAAUAGCAGCCAAGUUUUUAGGCGUAAGGCAGGCUUUAUGUUUUUCUCACUUAUAUUAUCAGGAGUUUUGAGAUUAUAUGAUUUGAAAUAAUUUCAAGGGUUUUGGUAGGGUUUAAUGUG